CCAGAGAGAGGGGCGGGGCUGGGACGCAGGCUUGGGAAGGGCCACAACUCAGGAAGAGAGAGGGCCGCUGGAGGCCAGGAAGAGCAGGGCUAGGAGGACAUGGAGAGCCGGACGGGGCUCCUGACCCUGGAGGCUACCCAGAGAAGCCGGCUGAGGCUCAGGAAACCUCAGAGCAAAUUCAGCAUUUCCAGAAGGUCUCUGAUGUUCCAUGCACUUGUUGAACUUUUCCAGCCCUGGAAUGGGUGCCCAGAAAAGAGGAGCAGUUCCCAUUCCGGUGGGAACUGCCUGCCAGGUGCCUCAUCCUGUGGGACUAGCAGACGUGACACAGACACCAAACACUUCACUUCCUCUUUUCUCCAGGACCUUUAACCCAGUGGUCUCUACGUGAGCUGGGGCUUUAGCCAAGCAUCAGGGAGUCAGGACUUGGAUCGCAAGCAGUUUCUGCAGCGUGUGAAGCCAUCUGACUACAGCUGAUCCACACGAGGGCACCCUCAGGCAUUCUGAUUGGGGCCCACCAGCUCUUGCAGCUGGCACUACCUUCAGCUCCAUUUGGAGGGCUCUCCAACCAAAAGCCGAAAGAGAUGAGAAAACUGAGGUCCAGAGAAGUUGUGCCUUCUUCAAGGUCACGCAGCUAAAUAGCACCAGAGGUGAGACCAGAAACUUUGUCUUUCCACAACUCUCAGCUCAGAACUCUUUCAAAUGGGCCACCCACCCUUUUGAGUACCACAUCUCAGCUUCUGUUUGAGACUCUAACUAGCUUUCGUGACCUUCCCAUGUUUUCGCCCAUCAUCCUCCCAAACCUGGAGCCUAGGGUUUGGGAAAGAAGACGUUGAGCCCUGAAGAGAAAGUUACAGGCUGGGCCUUUUGAAACUUCCCCGAAAAGGAAAGGAAAGGUUACUCUCUACUCCCUGCGUUAACUCUUCCCGAGCCGAAAGGCUGAGGCCGUUAAGAAAAAAAAAAGAAAAAAAGGCAGAGUGGUCUCACUCAGGACCUGUAGGCUGGAGUGCCCACCUCCUGCUGGAUGGGGAGCCACCUGUCAGAGGGCUGUGGGCGACGGCCGCGGGACCGGAGGGUGAGCGCCGCUGAGCGCAGGCUCAGAGCAGAGAGGCGCAGGAGGUGAUGGUCAAAUACCCUGGGAGCUGAGGUGGAGGAUUCUGGAGGUGACAGCAAGGAGAGUACGCAACUGCGAAGGGUGCCUGAAGCUUCUGCGCCAACACCAGGCGGGUGGGAGACAGGAAAGGAAGGCAGCGCGGCGGCGCUGCGGGAGGGCUCCGCCGGGGCGGGGGGUGCCAUGUCUCGCGAGCGGUCCCCCCGCACCGACAUUCCCCGCAACCUGAGCUUCAUCGCCGCGCUGACAGAGCGCGCCUACUACCGCAGCCAGCGGCCCAGCCUCGAGGAGGAGCCGGAGGAGGUGCCAGGCGAAGGCGGGACGCGCCUUGGGGCCCGAUCCCGAGCUCCUGCUCUGAGUCGGGAGCGCAGGGCUCGCUCUGCGCCCGCCGGAGGCAGCGGUACCCGGGUGCCCCACAGCCGCAGCCCCGACACCCGUAAGAGAGUGCGUUUCGCCGACGCGCUUGGGCUGGAGCUGGCCGCGGUGCGCCGCUUCCGCCCGGGAGAGCUGCCCCGGGUACCCCGCCACGUGCAGGUCCAGCUGCAGAGGGACGCCCUUCGCCACUUCGCGCCGUGCCAGUCCCGCGCCCGAGGUCUCCAGGAGGCGCGCGCUGCCCUGGAGCCGGCCAGCGAGCCUGGCUUCGCGGCCCGCUUGCGGGCGCAGCGAAUCUGCCUGGAACGCGCCGAGGCGGGCCCGCUGGGCGUGGCCGGGAGCGCGCGCGUGCUGGACCUGGCCUACGAGAAGCGCGUGAGCGUGCGCUGGAGCGCCGACGGCUGGCGGACCCAACGCGAGGAGCCCGCCGCCUACGCCGGUCCGGCCCCGCCCCCGCCGCGCGCCGACCGCUUCGCCUUCCGCCUGCCGGCGCCACCCAUUGGUGGCGCCCUGCUUUUCGCCUUGCGCUACCGCGUUAGCGGCCACGAGUUCUGGGACAACAACGGCGGCCGUGACUAUACUCUACGUGGGCCCGAGCACCCGGGCAGUGGUGGAGCCCCGGAGCUACAGGGCUGGAUCCACUUUAUCUGAGACGCCUGCGGCCGACGGCGGAAAAAAAUCAAAGGCACCGGGGGGCUGGGGGAUCCCGAAGAUUCGGUGGGGAGGAAUGGGAGAAACCGAGAUUGGCGGGGAGCUGCCUUAGAGAGUCAAGCCCGGGAGGGCGAGGAGGAUGGGGGAAACCAAAGGGGUGUGGGGUGUGGGUAGAAUCAACGAAAGUUGGGGAGGUUGGGGUGGAUGUGAGUGGAGAAACCCAAGUCAUAGAAGGAGGGAGACGGAAAGGGUGCUGGAAGUUUAGAAAAGAAGCAAAAGGACGAUAGUGACGUUCUCUUCCGUGAGUGGGCAUUGGGAGAAAGUGAGUAGGUCCGUCCGGCCUAGGCAGCCAAAGGUUGAGGGUGACUCUUUGGGACCGAGGACAUAUUUUGUGUGAACUAGGAGCCCACCACAGUUGAAAUCAUUUAGAUUGCUGGCUUAUUCCCUCUUCUUACUGGCCUUAGCCACCGCAGGUUCCCCAGCCCUGCCCAUCGUAGCUUUAACUCACCCAUAAUUGCCUUGCUUAAGUCCCAGGAACUUGGCCAUUGCUCCCCAGCCCCUGACAUUAUGACAGGAUUUGCUUGUCACCCCAGCCCCUAGCUUCAGUCUUCACUGACUGGCUGGGGAGUGAUGGCAGGUAGCAUCAGAGCUUCUUCCUCCAGCCUCCAGGCAGCCCUGGGGAUGAAAAUGAAAGUAAAACCAACUCCAGGCUUGUCCUUGUAGCCAAAUAAUGCGGUGCCUAAGGUGUUGGUGCACUCAGGGGCUUCCAGAAAAAUGCCAGCCUUACCUUUCUGGGUGCCUUCUAAUGACCUCUAAGCACUUUAUGGACUGUAUUUGUCAAGAGACAGGUGAAUCACAGGAUUCCUUCUGCCACAAAAGAAAAGGAAGUCACUGACUAGCUGGAUAACUUUGGGCAAGUUGCUUCACCUCUCUGGGCCAGAGUUUCCUCCUUGAGAAACUGCAUUUGGAUUAGGUGAUCUCUUAGGCCCCUUCUUGCUCUGACAUUUUAUGAUCUGUGAGGGGCAGAGUGUGGAUUAGAAGCCACAUUCUCCAGCCUACGUUUGGAGUGCUUACAGUUCAGAACACACAGCACCCCAAGCGUGUGGUUGGGCCUGAGAAUGGCUCUCCAGUUUCUGACACAUGUUCCAGAGCCCAGAAAGCAUCCAGUCUGCAGCAACCAGCCUGCAGCCUCAGGGUAUUCCAGGGCCUCUUUCAAACCACAGCUCAUCCUCUGCCCCUUACUUUUGCUCUUGACCCAACAGACUUCCAGCCUGGGUGCUGUGGGACAGCUUUGGGGAGGUGCCUCUCUAGGGGAAAAUGAUGCUUGGGAGCCCCCAAAAUGAAACAACGUUGGGGACUUUCUUGAGUAUAAAGGAUUAUAGGUAUAAGAAACUGAAAACAUUUCAAACCAAGAAUCAGAGCACCUUGAAAAUUAAAUGGUACCAGAAGAUGGCAGUCUGCUCCAUACCUUGAGCAAGUGAAAUGGGAAAGCUGGACUCUUCUCCCCAUUCACAUUUAUGCCUUAUGUCUCUCCUGGUUAACCUCAGCUGGUUGUUUGUUUUUCCUCUCCUCUCACCCUAUGUCUAAGCUCUUUGCUUUUCUCUUUCCUUGUCCCCUUCUCAUCACUUUCAUUUUUCUUUUAGCAUAUACGGUAUUUACCUUCACUUUCUCUAUUUCCAUCUGCCUCCCUCUUCAUCCUUGUUGAAGAUGAAGGAGUGGAGAACCUACUUCAUUUUCUCCAAGACCAUGGUUGAUCCACCUUCCUCCCUCAGGCUCCGUCUUGACAGUCUUCUAGAAGGGAGAAGAGGGAAAAGCAGUUCCUGAUGCUGCAGAUGAACAAGGAGCUCCCAGGAGCUUGCUGCUGCUUCCUGUGCCAGUGUCCCGGCUCUGCAGGAUCAGCAAGGAACCACUGCGCCUGCGCCUGCGCCUGCUGGAGAACUUGGGAACCCAUUUGAACUCCAGCCUUGCCAUACAUUGGGAUUCUCUCCUGGCCGUAGCCAGUCCUCCACACUUGUUGGUAUGCUGUGCCCCUUCCUACUACCCCAGCUAGCCUUGAGCAGGCCAAUUCCCUAAAGUUUCCACUAGAAGGGUCCCUGACUAGGACAAUUGCUGGAUGGUCUGUGCUUGGGCCCUCUCUGGGAACCUGAGUAUUACUAAGCAGAUAAAUGCAAAUGGUUGGGGGCAGGGAACAAAGAAGAGUUCAUUGUUCCUGAGCUUUUUCUCUAAGAAGUACCCUGGCUCACCCAUGCCCCUAUUCUCAGCUUUACAGAGCCAAGACAUGAGUCUUCUGGUUCUUCCCAUACAGAGCUGCCCCAGGGCCUGGGGGUAAGCUGCUAGUCUAAUCUGACAUGGGAAACACUAGGAAUUUGGCAGAAACUUCAGAGAUUUGUCAUGUGUUAGGCGUUGUGGUGGGGACUUUCCUCUAAAGCCUGAUGACUAUACGAAUGGGGGCAAUUUAGGGUAUAACCUGUUAGCCAUGGACUGGGAAGGGCCAUAAGAGAAACCAUUGCCAUGGUCAGGGGCUCGGGUCCUUGAAGCAACACAGCAGGAACACUCUUGCCCUUUCCUCUCAUCCAGACCUCAGAUGUCUUCCUAAGUAUUCUUCCUGUUCCUUUGUUUUCUUUUAUGAAUACAUUAUUUCUUUUAUGAAUAUAUCAUUUCUCUUCACAAUAAGCCCUAACUCAACUUGCCAAUCUAAUCCCACAUUCCCUUGCUUCUAACUCCUGUGUUUCUCUGGAGCCCCUCUGGAUCCUUGCAAUGCGCAGGUCAUAGAAUCCAGAGACCUGAAAAGGCUUGUCUUUAGAGAUCACUGUGUCCAGACUCCUCUAGAGAUGAGGACACAGGUCCAGAGAUGAGAAGGGACCCCAGCAGGGUCAGAGAAUUUGUUAGUGCAACUCCAGAUGGGACUUAAACCCAGGCCUCCUGACCACCUCCCAUUCCCAGGCUAUGAAACAGGCCUCUCUCCACAGGGUCAGACCCACGAUUUUUCAUGGCAAGGGACACGUGAGAAAUUUUCAUUUUCUGCUUCUAGUUUCCAUUCCCUUCCCCGUCCAGGCAGAAAGAGAAACAAAAGGGACUGGUAUGUCCCCAGCCUUGGCACUUCUUUCAGUGAUAUCGCUGAAGAACAGUGAAGUUGCUAAAACAAACAACAACAACAAAACAACAACUGAAUAAUCUACCCAUUGAAUAGCUAACCUGGAGAGGAAAUGAAAGUUUGCUAUUUGAAUCCCCCUCAAACCACCGUUCUCGUCAGACCCUUCCCGAGCCUCCCCACCCUCUUCACAGUGCAGCUCUGUACACUGGGCCCCAGACCCACUCGUAUUGUGCCUCACUUCAGCCUCCUCAUGCAACUGCUCUCCUUUCUGGAUAAAAGACCUCGUAUUUGAAAUAAAGUUGAAAUAUGAAAAGAAAGUAUAAGCUACUGAGAAGUAUU